AAGUGUUACUUUUUAUAGUCUACUUUUUUAUUUAAUUUUUUUUAAAGUAAAUAAUAAAUAACAUCACAAAUAUGUUUCCAGCUAUCUGCAUUAGCAUUUAAAAUAUUCAAAUUAGAUUAGGGAAACCCUUGAUGUAUUAAUUAAUUAUAAUUAUUCUUACUCAGUUGCUUCAUUUUAGGCAUAUAUCAGUUUAGUAUAGCUCCAGUAAGAGCUUGAGCAACUGGGUUUUCUUUCUGCACACAGCAUGAAAUCACCAAGCUGGAUGAAAUGUGCUGAGGAAAUGUGUGUGUGUGUGUAAGUGACAGAUGGAGCAGAUAGGGCAUGCAAGGCAAUCCUUUGUACUAGUAGUGUGAUACUAUGGUAUUUAACUUUUACACAGAUCUCAGAGCAGUUUUUCUUUUCACUGUUCAUUACAGGUAAAGUCCUCCAAGUGUUCCACUCAUGUGGUGAUUGGAAGGUCAUGGUUCCACCACUGGCAUCUAAAGUCAUUGCUACAUGAAGAAAAUGUAACAUUUUCUCAGUGUGUGGGGAAUUAUCAUAUGAUAAGAACUAUCAAAAUGAUACUUGAUAUGCAACAUAGUUACAGCAGACUAUUAGAAAUAAUCAAAUAUAACCUUCACUUGUUUCACCAUGCAGAGCCAUACAGAAAAUGUCUGGAGCCGAGGUCAGGAUGUGCAAGUCGUUCCUGCGCCGCAACACCUUUGUGCUCUUCACUGUGGCAGCAGUUGUAGUCGGAAUCGUGUUUGGAUUUGCUCUGCGACCUCAAAACUUAUCCAUGAGGGAAAUCAAAUAUUUCUCUUUCCCUGGGGAGCUACUGAUGAGGAUGUUACAGAUGCUAGUCCUUCCACUCAUCGUGUCCAGUCUUGUUACAGGUAUUUCUUCCUUGGAUAGUAGAGCUUCUGGAAAGAUGGGAGCAUGGGCUAUCAUUUACUAUACGGUGACCACUAUCAUUGCUGUGUUCAUUGGUAUUGUCUUGGUGGUCAUCAUAAAACCUGGAAAAGGCAACAGAAAUAGUCCAAUGUCCUCUAAUGCCAGUAUUGAAUCAGUGCAAGCCACUGAUGCCUUUCUUGAUCUUAUCAGAAAUAUGUUUCCGCCUAAUUUAGUGGAAGCCUGUUUCAAACAGUACAAAACUUUUUACAAGAAAACUGUUUUCACCAAGGACAUCACUGUUUUAGUCAAUGCAAGUCAUGACACCAAUGCCACCAAGUUCAGCCAGGUGGGAAAUUACAGUGCAGUCCUGCAGACCUUCCAGGAGACAGUGGAGGAGAUGAUUCCAGUCUCAGGCUCCUCUAAUGGAGUGAAUGCUCUGGGUCUGGUAGUGUUUUCUAUGUUCUUUGGCUUAGUGAUUGGGAAUAUGAAGCAGAAGGGCCAGCCACUGAAGGAAUUCUUUGAUUGCCUCAAUGAUGCCAUAAUGCGCUUGGUAGCUAUCAUAAUCUGGUACGCACCAAUUGGGAUCCUCUUUCUAAUUGCUGGAAAAAUCAUUGAGAUGAAAGACCUGGCACAGAUUGGAGGACAGUUGGGCAUGUACACAGUCUGUGUGAUCGUUGGUUUACUCGUCCAUGGUCUCUUCAUUCUGCCCUUGCUCUUCUUCCUGAUCACUCGGAGGAACCCCUACACAUUUAUUGGUGGUCUAAUCCAAGCUUUGGUUACUGCCUUAGGAACAUCUUCCAGUUCAGCCACCCUUCCCAUCACCUUCCGUUGCUUAGAGGAGAACAACCAUGUGGACAAACGUGUAACGCGGUUUGUUUUGCCUGUGGGAGCCACCAUAAACAUGGAUGGUACAGCUCUUUAUGAAGCAGUGGCUGCCAUUUUCAUAGCCCAAGUUAAUGACAUGGACCUGAACUUUGGACAAAUACUUACCAUCAGUAUCACAGCAACUGCUGCCAGCAUUGGAGCAGCAGGUAUUCCUCAGGCUGGUCUGGUAACCAUGGUGAUUGUAUUGACAUCCGUGGGACUGCCCACCGAGGACAUAACACUCAUCGUUGCUGUGGAUUGGUUCUUGGAUCGCCUCAGAACCACUACCAAUGUGCUGGGAGACUCCUUGGGAGCUGGCAUUGUGGAACAUCUGUCACGACAGGAGCUGCAGAACCUGGACUGCAGAACCGAUACUGACAACUCUGAGACUGAGGAGCACGAAAAUCCUUAUCAGCUCAUCUGCCAGGAAUGACUGCCUCGGGCACCAAAACAGUGAAAGUACAAUGUAAAAAAAUCAUAAUCAUAUUGUUGCUAGAGAGAACACCUGGAAACAUAUUAUUGGAUGUUAUACCAUAUUAGCAUGUUCGAAAAUAAGUAAUCAUACCACACUGUUCAGCCUUAUAAUGAGAGGUCAAAUCGGAGUAUCCAAGCAUUUUUUUUUUUUGCAAAUUACAGUAUGUACUAUUACAUACCACAAUUCACCACUAGUAGAAAAGGAUUCGUUGCAUAGUGGAGUAUUCUUAGUUGCCUAAAAGGUCAAAUGCUAAGACUAAACUAUGAACAAUAUUUACUUCCCUAAAAAAAACCCAUUUCAGUCUAUAAUUUCUUGCCGUCAUUUUCCACCACAAAGAUCCUUCAGCAUAAUGUUAACAUUUAUGGUCUUAUUUUUAUCUGUUUAUUUUUUACUCUGGGACCAACAAAAAUGGUCCAUCCAUCAAUCAAAAGGUGUUGUCAUAAAAUUUUUGUUUUCUUAAAUCACUCUACUUUACUCUACUGGCACGUUAAUUUUUUAAGAGUAUAGAACGUUUAAAGGCUUCCCCAGAGGAACAAACAUUAGAUUUAGCUUUUUUUCCUAAUAGAGUAGUAAGCAUGUAGUUUUGAUUACACAAAGUACAUGGCAUCUCUUAUAAGCAAUAUUUUAUAAAAUGUUUUGUAUUCAUAAAUCAUCAAAGUGAUUCUGUAUCAUGAAUAUUUGCAUUGGUGGAAUCUCCAUUUAAUGGGAGAAGUAAAAGGCACAGUGCUAUCUACAAUGUAAAUGUUAUACAAAACAGUAACUGUUGCAUUAACUAUUUGCUCUGGAUCUACGGUGACCCUUAUUGUGUCCGUGACCGUGGGUAUUAUGGUGAAUGAAAAUCUUACCUUACAUUGCAGCAUGGCACCGCCAUUAAUUUUCACUUACACUGUUGAUUCAUUUUAAAUAAUGUUUAAAAUAACACUGAUUGUGGUUUUGUUAAUUCAUGUUUUAAGUUUGCAUUUAUUCCAGUUUGAUGUUAAUAUAUUGUUUUAUUUUGAAUCAAACAUUUUUUUUUUUUGACAUUUAAUAUACAACAGAUUUCACAAUGGUGGAUGAAUGAUAAAAACACUCAUGUACAGUUGAGUAUGCAGUGGUAAGGCUGGAGGUGACUGCCUCUGUGCUCAGCUCUUAUUCAUUUUACAGUAUUGUUUCCACUUUUAUGUCAGCCUAAUUAUAUGUAGAAUAUAGCACGUUAAAUAUGAUUUUAAAAUUCAGGGUUAAUCUUUUAAGUGAUUAUCCAUCAUUUCAAAGAUAAAGGUGUAUGAUAUAUAUGCAGUGCCUCCUGAAAAUAUUCAUCUCCAGUAUCUUGACAAUAAUAAUAAGUUGAAUAGAAUAAACCAUCCUGUAAGUACAUACUGUAUGUAUGUAUGUAUGUAUGUAUGUGC